UAAGCAAACCCCUCCUCGACAGCUGUCAAUCGGAAUAGAGAAGGCGGAUAGAACGUCUCCCAACAUGAACGUGAUUAAACUCCAACGAAAGUACCCGCAGUUUGAACAGGGGGAGAUCUUCUCCCUGCAAGAUGCGUUCAGGAAGUUAGAUUUGGACGACAAGGGCUAUUUGGACGAGGCUACUGUCAUCAAGGCCACGCAACAGUCGGAGCGCCAACCAUACGAUGUCGUGCGUCAGACGCUGAAAGAAGUCGAGCUCGACAGCUCUCGUCGUGUAGAGCUGGAUGAUUAUGUUGAUCUUAUCGCCAAACUUCGCUUUGCCUCCACGCGAAGUGCUCCCACCCAGGACCCUGUCUCUGCGACGGUCAGGCCCGGGACUGGAGCUGCGGCACCCCGUCAUGUUUCCAAAGGAAGUGUCGGAGGAGGCAGGAUCCAUGUCCAAGGGUCCUCAUCGAAUGUUACACACACAAUCAACGAGGAUGAAAGGACUGAAUUCACCAGACAUAUCAAUGCCGUUCUCGCGGGCGACCCGGACAUUGGGCACCUUCUCCCAUUCCCUACCGAUACAUUUGAAAUGUUCGAUAAGAGCAAAGAUGGGUUAGUGCUGGCGAAGUUGAUCAACGACAGCGUCCCAGAUACAAUUGACGAACGCGUACUGAAUAAGGCCGGGAGGAAGAUUAAGGAAUUGAACGCAUUCCAUAUGACUGAAAACAACAAUAUCGUGAUUAACUCCGCCAAGGGAAUUGGAUGUUCAGUUGUGAAUAUCGGAAGUGGCGAUAUAAUAGAAGUGCGAGAGCAUCUUAUUCUAGGUCUCAUCUGGCAAAUUAUCCGCCGAGGGCUUCUCGGUAAGAUUGAUAUUAAACUCCACCCCGAGCUUUACAGACUGCUGGAGGAGGAUGAGACACUGGAACAGUUUCUACGACUUCCUCCCGAGCAGAUUUUGCUGCGCUGGUUCAACUAUCACCUGAAGAAUGCCGGCUGGGGAAGAAGGGUGACAAACUUCUCUACCGAUGUAAAAGAUGGCGAGAAUUACACUGUCCUUCUCAACCAACUGGCACCUGAAACCUGCUCACGAAGCCCCCUGCAAACCCGGGACCUGCUACAACGGGCAGAAGAGGUUCUGACAAAUGCGGAAACAUUGGGCUGCCGGAAGUUCCUGACUCCCACGUCACUCGUGGCAGGAAACCCUAAACUCAACCUCGCCUUCGUCGCCAAUCUGUUCAACACUAUUCCUGGCCUCGACCCCAUCACAGAAGAAGAGAAGCUCGAAGUUGAAGACUUUGAUGCCGAGGGAGAGCGCGAAGCUAGAGUUUUCACCCUGUGGCUCAAUUCGCUCGAUGUGCAGCCAGCCGUCAAUUCGCUGUUUGAUGACCUCCGAGACGGAACAAUCCUAAUGCAAGCAUACGACAAAGUAAUCCCAGGAAGCGUUAACUGGAGGCAUGUGAACAAACCUCCAGCAUCGGGACAGGAAAUGAUGCGUUUUAAAGCAGUGGAGAAUACCAACUACGCCAUCGAGCUUGGAAAACACCACGGUUUCUCUCUGGUGGGCGUACAAGGAGCUGAUAUUACCGAUGGCCAACGGACUCUCACCUUGGGACUGGUGUGGCAGUUGAUGCGACGGGAUAUCACAAACACUCUCUCUGGUCUCGCCAGCCGAAUGGGCAAGCGAGAAAUUACCGAUUCAGAAAUGAUCAAAUGGGCCAAUGAUAUGUCCAGAAAGGGUGGCAAAUCCUCGACAAUCCGCAGUUUUAAGGAUCAGUCUAUUGGAACCGGCGUGUUCCUUCUUGAUGUGCUUAGCGGCAUGAAAGCUUCUUAUGUUGAUUAUGACCUGGUGACCCCGGGCCACACCGAGGAACAAGCAUACGCGAAUGCUAAACUGAGCAUUAGUAUUGCUAGAAAGCUGGGUGCAACUAUUUGGUUGGUUCCCGAAGACAUCUGCCAGGUCCGGUCUCGUCUUGUUACAACUUUCAUUGGUAAGUUGCGGUUUGUCCUCGCACGCUCACUUAUGGCUACCUAUGAGAAAAUGCAAUGAAUUGACAGCGUGAUUUGAUGGAUCACUGGUGGUGAUACUAAUCGGUUCUUCUUCCCUGGUUAUGCCUGUGUUUUAUUUAUAUGUUCUUAUAUCAUAUCGGUGUGUUUUAUAGGAAUCAAUCAGUAAGUAUGAAACAGCAAGGAUAAUUAAUUUUCUUAUGCUCUGGUCUC